AUGUCACAACUUAAUAACCUUAACUGCCCGCCAUCUAGCUCCGGUACAACUGGAAGUGUUUUAGAAGUUACGGAAUACCCACCCAGGACAGACGAAGAGACGAUCGACCUUUAUUUCAGCCGCAAUGAAUUUGGUGCCCCAGAUAUAACGGCAAUCACUAUCUCUAAAAAGCGCAGCGCUAUAUAUGUGACAUUCGCAAAUGAGUCAGAAAGGGCAAAAGUUUUGCGGGAAAAACGCCACACCAUUCGCGGCACCCUUGUCUCUGUGAGGCCAGUAAGCUGCGUUCCAGAGGACAGUGUGGAUUCUGUAGACGACAGGAGCGUUCUUGUGAAGGGUAUUCCACCUGGCACCAGCCGAGAAACGGUGUCACAUUUCCUGGAGAAGUUGGCUGGUCCUGAUUUGGCCGUUGUUGGGGCUCACACUGGCAUUGAUCCCACCUCCUCAGUGCUUACUUUUGAUGGAGAAAUAAGCGAUAGAGUAUUCACAACUAUGUCACAGAACGUCUCGAAAGAAAGUUUUCUCGGAACUUUUCUCACAGUGGAGCAAGUACAGAAACCUAAUGCUGUUCUUGUCAAAGGGAUCAAAGACGAACAGUAUUUCAAGCAAAAAUUGGAAUAUUAUUUCGAAAGCAAAAAGAGCAGGGGUGGAUCGGUCAAGGACGUUGUCAUACUAAGAAAUAGGAAAGCUGCUGUUGUUACGUUUCAAGAAGCAGACGUUGCAAAGAGAGUUUCUGAGAAUUCACACACCCUCGAAGGUAUCCAGUUGCAUGUCAGUGUCUAUUACCGUGAAAUUGGAUAUGAAGAAGAUGACGACGAAGAAGAUACCGGAGAUUCCUGGACGUUAGAGUUCCCUUGCGACCCACACAUUGUAUCCUUCUUAAGUGAACGUCCUGCUCAAAAGCGCCGUUUGGCUGAUAAUCUUAAGCCGAUUCAUGGGUCACUCCCUCAAUCCUGGAUAGAUGUCACCAGCAACCAAAUACGCGUCGUGGCCGACGAAAGUAAACGGAUGGACAGGAAAGAGAAGUGGGAAAAGAAAUGCGCCGAAGUGGUUCAAGAGUUUCUUGAUAGAUUUACUUCAAAAUCAGUCCAUUUUCCUGAUUACGUUUGGUCUAGGAUUGAAGAGGAGUGCGAAGUGCAUACCAUUUAUUACCAAGAGUUAAUAGAUGUACAGGCCGCCCCUGCGUCUCACGACGUCCGAGUAACUGGUGUUGAAGACGAAUGCCAAAAGAUCUUCAAAGAUUUUGCUCGAAUUCAGAGGGAGGAGAAGAAAAAAUCCAAAAAAGAAGAAAAAGAAAUAACCAAAGUUUUGACUGAUAAGAACAAAACCAAAUUAGCCCUCAUUGAAAGUGUAGGUGUUGCUGGUGUUCCAGCUGGGGUUGUCGUCAUGAUUCGAGCAAAUGAAGGGGAAAUUGAAUUCAAAGGAAAGGCCACUCUGGUGGAGAGAGCUGUUACUAAAUUCUUGGACGUUCUUACUUCAAUUAAAGAAAACAGCAUCCAUGUCACUGAGAAGCAUUUUGCCAGGAUUUUGGCGUCAAAAGGAGGCGGGGAGAAGGUCCGAUGUAUACUCAAAAAAGCUGGUUUAGACGUCGUUCAUGAAGUCACGGGAAAGGCAUCUGAAUGUAUGAUGCGUUUUUAUUCAUUUCACCCUGAGGCAACGGAAAAAGCUGCAGAGGUCAUCCAAGCCAGUCUUACUACUCAAAGUAUCCCCGUGCAAAAAUCUAAGCUUUCAUACUUGCACACCGAUCCUUGGGAGACCCUGCAGGAAAACCUGGCCAAAGAUUUGUGCGUUUUGAUGGAGGUUACAGACUUACGAGAUACGAAAACCGUUGCGGUAUAUGGUUUUAGCGAUGAUGUUAAAGAGGCUUCGAAGCAGAUAACCGUUCAUUUGGGACAAAAAACAGUCGCAAGCGAAACUAUGUCGAUUCUCCCUGGUCAAGCAGAAUAUAUUAUCAAAUUUAAAGUACCCGAGAUUAAGGAUUUGGAGAAGAAGAAAGGAGUGCAAAUUAUGAUUAAGAAAAUCGGGGAGUUAAUCAUCCAGGGCCCAACGGAUAAAAUCCGGGAAGUUGAAUCAUCACUGACGGCAAUUGUUGACAAAAUUAAAAACAAACAGGUUGCCAUCAAACAGCCAGGAAUGGUCACUAGCAUGCAGAGUGGUUCCGGACGCAUUUUGCUGGAAAACCUUGAGAAGAAGAACAGUGUUUAUAUAGCUAUCAAAACGGCAGCUUCCACCACGACAACGUCAACAACGGCGAGUCCAACGCCAACUGGCAGCUUUACCACACCUGAAGGCAUAAAUAUAACUUUGGUCGAAGGAAAUAUCGAACAAGAAACGGCCGAUGUUAUAGUGAACAGCAUCAAGUUCGACAUGGAUCUUAGUGCCGGGAAUGUUUCUGCUGCCAUUGCUCAGGUUGCUGGCCCUCAGCUUCAGCAGGAAUGCACAAAGAUAGGGAAAAUGUCAGCUGGAGAAAUGAAGAAGACGGGUGGCUUCAAUCUUCAAUGCAAGGAAAUCUACCAUGUCGUCUGUCCGGAUUGGGAACCAGGAAAAGAACAGACGCUAUCCAGUCUUAUGUCCCAGUGUUUAGCACAAGCACACCAGGAUGGAGUGUCAUCCAUAGCAUUUCCAACUAUUGGAACUGGAAACCUGAAGUUUCCGAAAGAAGUUGUCGCUGACGUUAUGUUUAAGGAGACCGUGCAAUUUAGUGCAAACAACUCGCAGACCAAAGUCAAGGAUAUUCGAUUUGUUCUCUAUCCCCAAGAUGCGCAAAGUAUCACUUCUUUUAAGAUGAAAUUGUUAGAAGUACAGGGGCGGCCAAAAACCGUGCGUAUGCGUCGAAGAGUUGCAAAACCAAAUACACCUGGGCUUACUUUAAAGUCAAUAUCAGCGACAUGCACUGAGACCGAUUAUCAUGGCGUUACCAUUCAAGUCCAACAGGGUGACCUCACCAAAGAUAAAGUUGAUGUCAUAGUAAAUACGUCAGAUGACAAAUUGAACUUUGGAAAGCUGGGUGACCACAUUGUGCAGGAAGGUGGUCAGAGCAUAAAGGACGAAUGUGACCAACAUGCCGGCAAUGUACAGAAAGGACAGAUAAUUGUAACAGGUGCUGGAAAGUUGCCGUUCAAAAAGGUAUACCACAUGAUUUUAACACACAAAAACUUGAUACACCAAUCCGUGGAAAAGUGCUGCGAACUGGCGGAGAAAUUCCGAUGUUCUUCCAUAAGCUUCCCUGCCAUUGGGACAGGAAAUGCGAACGUGCCUGUGGCCGAGUCAGCCAAAGAGACGAUUGACGGCAUUCUUGGCUUUGUUGAAAAGACAAAACCGCCUCAUCUUCGGCGCAUACGUCUCACUAUAUUUGACCAAAGACAGGUGGGACAGUUCCACAGUGAACUCAGGUGUAGGGGAACGGCGCCGGUGACUGGGGCAGCCGCAGGCAUUUCAAUUAAGUCGGAGAAGCCUAACUUUAUGGAGCUGUCUUGUAAUGCAGUUACUGUUCAAGUCAAGCAGGGCAAUGUUAUGGACGACACUGUUGAUAUUAUUGUGAAUACUGUUGACUCCCAACUUAACAUGGGAGUACUUGGCGCUCAUUUGGUAAAAGCCGGAGGUGACGAUAUCAAUAAAGAACUACAAACUAAAAAGAGACAUGCACAGAAGGGCGCAGUUUUAGAUACAACACCUGGCACACUUCCUUUCAAGAGAAUUUACCACGUGGUUAUUCCACCAGCCAAUCAGAUCCAUCGAAGCAUUCAACAGUGCUUAACUUUGGCUGAGAAAUUCAAAUGUUCUUCAAUUGCUUUUCCUGCCAUAGGAACAGGUAAAGCUCACGUGGAUCCGGCAGAGUGUGCCAAGGAGAUGUUGGGCGGUAUCUUUCAGACACUCCAAGAAAACCGUAUGCAAAAUUUGAAGGCGAUUUGUGUCACGGUUUUCGACCGAGGUCAAAUCCCGAUGUUUAUAGACGAAGCAAGAGCGCAGAGUAGUGGUACUGGUGUAGUUACAAGGGGAACUCGGAUAGGUCGUCGCCAAACCAUGCGCCAACGCCAAAACCUUACAGCUUUACAAAGAGUGAUACUUGAUAUAUAUGGAGCCAGCGAAAAAGUUGCCAAAACGGACAAAGACAUUGCAGCUUUUAUCCAACAGAACACCCAAAAGGAAACUAUUCAGUUGAAGGGACAGAAAUUAACACAAGCUGACAUUUCUGAAAUUCGAGACCUUGAGGUGGAACGAGGAGUAACAAUUACCAUAGAUACAAAUGCCUCAACCAUAGUGAUUGUGGGUUGCUCAAUGGAUGUUUCUCCGACUGUCAACACUAUAUACAAAAUAAUUCAUAAGAAGAUAGAAGACAGAGCAGAGGAGGAAAAAGCUACAGGACUCCAGCGGAACGUUCAGUGGUGUUGGAUAGCUGCUGCCGAUCAGAGUAGAGAGCCUUUUGAUAAAAUGACGAACUAUCGUGUGGAAAUGGCUCACAGAGCGAAGAAAGGGUCAGUGGUAUACGAGAUAGAAGGCAGUAAAUGUAGAUUGGAUUUCAGCACCAUGACGGAAACAGAUUGCAGUGAUGGUGUAAUUACCCAGGUUAUACGAGAGGUCAAAGACCAUUCCGUACCUGCUCAUUGGUCACCUCAACCACGUGACAAUAAUAUCCCACGUGUUGUACAUCUAGUUAAUAUAAAAGCUGGGGACCAGGAGUUUGACAAAGUUGCCGGGCAGUUCAACGCCGCCUUUGAUGCUGAUACCGUGCCACGAAAGAAAAUCACUCAACUGAUAAGAAUCCAGAAUCCAGAUUUAUACAAACAGUAUAAGACGUACAGUGAUAAACUGAAGCGUGAGAACCAGGGGGUGAACAAUGAGAUGUCACUUUUUCACGGAACGUCAGAAGAUAAGUGCGAUUACAUAAACCACCAAGGGUUCAACAGAAGCUUUAGUGGACUAAACGUUGGCGCCAUCUAUGGAAAAGGAGUAUACUUUGCCAAAAACGCCACCUAUUCUGCCGAUCCCAAGUACUGCACUCCUAAUACAGCUGGGGAGCAGUUUAUGUUCGUGGCCAAGGUACUUGUUGGAUCUUACACAAAGGGAGACCCCAAGAUGCUGACCCCUCCCCCGAAAGAUCCCCAGAGACCACUGGUGACAUACAACUCUGUGGUAGACAAUGACCAGACUCCGACCAUUUUUGUGAUAUUUUUUGACGCGCAGGCUUAUCCUGAGUAUCUUAUUAAGUUCCAGUCAUAGAAGUGGCAUAUACGACUCAGGUGUAACUACAGCACAAGCGCAAUCUCUGAAUGUAACAUUUCCCGAAAAAUGAUAUAUUAACGGAUUUUUCUGUACAGCUAUAUAUAUAUUCACACAUAGUUCUAGGUGAGAGAGGUGAUUAUGCAAUGCGCGCACAGUACUACAUUUAGCGGACCUUUAAUUAUGAACUGGAGGGUCACAUUAAUAGGCCAAUUUACGACCAAAAAUUUGAAGAAGUUGCACUUUUAAAGUUAUUUUUGGCUGAACGAGAGAUUAAUUUGGUUUAUGAUUUGGCAUGUCGACUAUGUUUUAGUCGUUUUCAAAUUUAGUAGUGCUUUUAAGCUUAAAAUAUGCAAUACUGGAAACCCACGCUCGCUUUAUAUGUACAGUAUCUUUAAAUGUUUCUGGUAGAGAAACAGUCCGUGACGAAUUCUAAAGAAGUAUAUCAUUAAAUUUACUGCCGCGCUUUUCGGGUUACUAGGUAUGUGAUUUAUUGAAUGUUCUGUGUCAAUGAAAGAUAAAUUAAAAUAAAAAACAGAAUGCUUGUUUCAGUCGUUUUAAAAUAAGUGUUCGUGCUUUCGUCGGUGCAUAGCUUGGGUUGUUAGGACUGGCAUUCACUAUGGGUUCGAACCAUUCUGGCAAUCCUGAAGGAAAAGCCUAAUGGUGACAGAUAUGGUGCCAUGUGCUAGUGCCAAUUUAGGCCAUAACUAGAAGUUCCACGUGGUAAUGCUGGUCAAUGCCCCAUCUCAACGUCUCCGCACAACACAGCAUUUCUUCAGCAUUCUGCAAAAGGUUGAGCAACUGGACUGAUGUGCUUAUUCUCCUGGUUUUUCUUAGCCAGAGAUAUAUUCACAUCAACAAACUGGUUGAAUCACUUAUUAGGGAUAGAAAUCGCCAUCCGGGUUCGAGGCAACUACACGAGAUCUUAACUCAGAGCUGGGAUUAUUCAUGGAAUAAUA